UGUAAACAUAAUUUCUCGAAUAUAUUAUGUAUUUGUAUUGUGGUAAUGUGAUGGAAAUUAAUUGAAAUAUGGCUGAGGGUAUUGAAUUAAGGUCUUUUCGCACACACUCUACAAAUGACAGCGACAUUGAAGAAUAUCAUGAGAUAAGUACGACAGGUUUUACAGAUACUUUUGGAACUACACAUGCAACAAAGUCUUUGAACGAGUUUGACUUUUUCACCAAGCCCGAUGUUAAAAUUGGGAAGAAGGACAGCACGAAAAAGAAGAAAGGUAAAAAGAAAGAGAAAACAGCGAAUUUAAUGGACAUCAUCACUUCUGAAUUGGCAUCUGUAGCUGUCCCUGUACAGGAGAAUGUUAUAUCAAAAGUACAAUCUACUGUAGAACAACGAAACAGUUACUUAGAAAAAGAACCCAGAACGCAGAAAAUAUUUCAAAGAAGAAUUACACAGUUUGACACGGAACAAGGAUGGAGUCAAAGAAGUGUCCCAAUGAAUAUAAAUCCAACAUUUCCUAGAGUGCUAGAAAAUAUUGCUAGUAACGAAACGGUUUUACCAGUUGAAUAUGUAAAGGCAACGUCAUUUAAUGAGUUGGUAAAAGAUUAUCACACAGAAGAUAAACAGACGGCCAAGUUCCUUGAUAUCCAAAUAAAAGACAUAAAAUUCAAAUAUCAUCAUCAGUUUUCAUUAGAAAAACUCCUUAGUGUAAAGCUAAAUGAACUGUACGCCGAAUACAGUAAUCUUAAGAUUGAACUGAAAGAUAUUAUGAGAGAUAUUAAAAUUAAUAGAGAGACUAAGGAUAACUUAAGAGAAGAACUCCUAAAAAUCACUUCGAAUAAGAAGGAAGACAUACGAUACGAUCUAACUGUUAGGAAGUAUACUAAGAUAUUGUUAGAAUUAAAAGAAAAAUAUUUAAAACUAUUGCAGAAUCAAAAAGAACUUAUACAUAAGAUGUGCUCCUUGUGGUCAGAUAUUGAAAUGGUGAGAGAAAAGAUAGGAUACACAAAUACUCCGGAUAUUUUGAUAAUAACUAGAGACACUCUCGAAGAAGAAGAUUUUGAAAAAGAAUGGAAUGAUGUAUUCAACAAAGAAUUUAGUGAUAUGCUUGAUAAAGUGGAAUAUGAAUUUGUCUCCAAGUAUAUUGAAUAUAAAGAGGUGAAGUUUACUCAGAAUUUGGACGAUUCUGCAAAAAGAAGAAUAAAUAAACCAAAGCUGCAUAUUGAUGAAGAAGUUUUAAAAGAAGACGUAGAGGCAAUAGUCAAUAAUAUUGUGCAAAGGGACAUAAUUGAUGUAACUUUGAAACACGAUGAACAUAUUAUUUCAGAUACUGGUGAAUCUGAAAAAGAAAUGCCAAGAAACACAUAUUAUUUCGAAAUCUACGUAGAUGAUGUUCACGUUUGCGAAUCAGAUCAUUUUAAAAGUAAAAAUGAUAAAACAUUUGAUAUAGAAUUUGCAGAAGCACUAUCGGUCCAAAUUCUGCAGAAAAAUUCCACGCUUCGUGUACUUCUAACAGAGAAUGGCAGAGAAACGUCUUCUUUAACGAUAAACUUAGCUGACAUUAGAAAAAGCAGCACCAAUUCUGAUUUUGUACAGCAGACGUUUUCUUACAAUGAUUUAAUAGAACCAAACAGCAAGUACAUAGGUAGCGGAUAUAAUAUUAAAGAAAUCGCGUCACAUAAUAAAGUCAGAUUGAAAAGCAGCAACAUGUUUAAAGGUAAUUUGUAUACAUCAUGCGAAAUAGCUAUAAAGAUGGGUUGGAAUGGAAAACUGACUCAAAAUCGGGAUGAAAUAGUAAAAAAUUCUAUGGACAUUGGUCGCAAGAUAAAAAGGCUUUUACAUGGCAUCGAUAGGCCUAGUACUGAUGGUUUAGCGGAAAUAAUUGGAAAACUGUAUAAUAGAGACGUGAGCAACGAUGAAGAUGUUUUAAAAACGUUAAGAAAUCUCUGUAAAAUGGACACAAGAGCUGAAGACACGUUUCCGAUCGACGAAAACAGUUCUGAAUUUGUAAGAUUGAAACUUUUGCAUUUACGGAACAACGGAGGAAUGACUAGUCUUGAGAAUAAGACCGUUCCAAUACACGCUAGUCAAAUAUCCACAGAACAACUGAAUUGCCUUCAAAAGAGCACUGAAACGGACAUAGACUUGCAAUAUUUCCAUGAUAAAUAUUCAGAAAUGGAUCCUAUAGAACUGCAGAGGUUUAUUGGAGCUAAAUAUGUGCAAAAACUGAACAAGAAUAUGCUCAGGAAUUUAAAUGAGUUUCUUUUGAGGAACACGCAUAAAGAUGUAGUGCGGGAUUUCAAGGAUCUGAGUUUAAGAACCCUAUUUACAACCCAAAACAACCUGGCAUUAGCUAACAUUUCGACCGGUACUAAACAGCAACUGCUCGCCGAAGCGUUGGGACGUGAGCAGGAGAUCAGGAUAACUGUGUUGCGAGCCUUUAAUCUCCCCGAUCGCAGCAAGUUGUUGGAGGAAACUGAUGAAGAUUUGAUAGCAGGGUUCAAGGUGCGGCCCCUUCGUCCAUUCGUACGAGUGAGCUAUAACGGUGUGAGUGCGCAAACCGCUCCGGCAAUCGGCUGCCAUCCCUCUUGGAGUCAGACCGUGAAGAUAAAUAACAAGCCAUCUCCCCUCUCAUCCAUCCAAGUGAACAUAUUCGACGAGCACAAGGCGCACAUAGCGGACUCUGAAGAGGAGGGUCGCACGGUGCACUACCGGUACUCCACCAGUUGGCUGGCGGGGCUGCAGGUGCCGCUGCAUACUGUGCUUAGCUUGGGGAACUUCCGAGGCACAUUCAAGUUGACAACCCCGCCGAUGCUUUUUGGUUACGAGACCCCAGUACAAACGAAAGAAAGCACCCAAUCUCUGAUACCAGCGGUAACCCAACUAUUGAAGAAAGAAGCAUCCUUCGUAUCACUCCAUAUAACCACCAGCCUUUCCCAUUUGGGCGGGUUACAGGGCUACAACCAGCCUAUACCCAAUUCCGAAGACGACUACUUAAUAAACCAUUUAAAUGCCUUCGUAACAGAAUACAUAAACGAUUUUCCUUCCAGAAAUAUCUCUUUGACAUUCAUAGAUAGUUCUGGAAGGAAUAAAUGCGUCACCCAGUUCCUACAGCCAAUACCUUUGCCUGACUAUGAAUAUUUUCCUAAAAACCCUAAAAUUCGUUCAGAAUCGGCGUUAUCAAAGAGUUCUGGGAUGUCAAAGAGUUCGUCUUCAAAGAGUAGUGGCAAGAGAAGAGGAGAGUCGGAAGGAGUUUCAUACCAAGAAGAGAGGGAGUCGCUAUACAGCGCUAUAAGUUGGAAGAAUGGAGAGAAUCAGUUGGAGAAAGUUAUGCAAGCUUGUGCAAGAUAUGUCUCGCUGAUUCCGACAUACGAGAUCACUGAAAGUCAUACUGUUACUUUGAUGGGAGUGGAGCUCUUAAAAGUGCUACACGGCUCUCCCCUCGACCACACCCUUCUUCUGGCCAGCUACUUCCUCCACCUCGGAGUCCGUUGCUGGCUCGCCGUAGGCCUCGGCAUACCACGAGGGCACAGCACAUUUGUCUUAACAAAAUACGACUUCAUUUCCCGAAGAGCUGUCUUACUGAACGACCAGACGAAGAGUAAGACUCUACUAAGCAGAAAUGAAGGGUGUCUCUGGUACGUGCAUGAUGCUAUAAGUGGGGAGAGGUCCGAGUUAAGGGACGUCGGAUGUCCGUUGAAGACAGUGGAUUUUGUCUUCGAUAAUGAGAAUAUUUGGGUGAAUGUUCAAUCAUCGCUGGACUGUGAAAGUGUCAGCUUCGACUUCACGAGAUCCUCCGACUGGCAACCCGUCUUCGACAAAUCGAUAUUCGUGAUGAAGCAGCCAGUACUUAUAGACGCCGGUCUAUAUUCAACUCCAGCUGACGUGGAACGAUUGAGAUCAGGACUGGAGACCAAGAUCAAGGAGAAAGUUCAGAAGUGGCGGCCGCAUAUGAAGACCAUUUGGAAUAGAUACUGCAGCAGUCUGCUAAGAGAGGUGCUUCCGCAGUGGGAGUACUGGAGCUUCAACCUCGCCGAGCCCAAACCUGGAUACAGUCAGCGGCUGAAACAACUCAUGGCCACCUACAAGAUGUUCGGCUUCCCACUCAACAUGCCAUAUGUCAACACCAAGUCAGUGUUAGCCACCGUCAAAGCGACGGGCAUACACUGCAGCGCGGACCCCAGUGUGGAGUUCGGGCUGGCCGUCGACGUGUACGCUUACCCUAACAACGUGCUUAGUGUGUGGGUGUUCCUUGCUAGUAUUACUCGAUUGUAAUAUAGAAGUGUUAUCCUGAAUAAAAUCCUUACCAAAAUCGUUAAUAAUAAAUACUGUAAAAACUUUCCAAGGUAGCUAAAAAAAUAUAGAUUUGAUUCCCCUUACAUUGACAUGACUUCAGAGAUCAAUUUCAUAAAAUUACAAAUAAGUUACGUUGCGCUACGUAGCAAGUCUAAUAAUUUCCAAUUUUAAAAAAGAAAUAGUUACCUAUUAAAAAGUAGUUUGUAAUUUUAUGAAAUUAAUCUGUGACCAAACAAAAACGUGUCAAGAGCAAUAUAAAAUUUAUUAUUUAAAACUCAUUUCAGGAAUCUUAAACCACGAUAUUUAAUUUAAUUAAAUA